CUUUCAAAUAGCUGUGCAUCUCUGAAGGUAAAAAACAAUGCGCAGCUCAGCUAUCAUCCUCUCUCUUAAUCAGUUCUGCGUCAAGAACGGCGACGGCAACUACGUGUUCCAGGGAUCGUGCUCACGGUUCUACUCGUGCGCCAACGGAUUCGGGUGGCUGCAGGACUGCCCAGGCGACCUGCUGUUCGACACGGAGUUAAUGGAGUGCGUGUGGCACGAAAAGGUGCAGUGUGGCGACCGGCCUGUUGAGGCGCGUGGAUCUUCGGACAACUGAACAAUA